AGCACUCGCGGUGGCGGGACAGCCCCCAGGACGCAGGGAUCCGAUCCUUGCCAAGGCGUUCCGGGCAGCAGCAGCCCCGUCGCUCCCCCGGCCCUGCAGCGCUGGGAAGCCCCAGUCCCCGCCAGCCCAGUCGCGCUGGCGCUUUAAGGUCGGGCGAGGCCGGCUGGGCAACAGCACUAGACACCUGAAGCUGCCCGGAGUCCGGGCCACCCGGAGUCUCGGCGGGACCCGGCGGCAGGCGAGGACGUGCAGGAGAGGUGCGGCGGGAGCGGUCACCACCGGAGUGGAGGGAAGGCCUGGGUCCCGCGCGCCCCUGGGAGCCCUGCCGCAGCGGCAGAGCCCCGCGGGGAGCGCGCAGCCCUCGGAGCCGGCGCUGGGGACCCGAGGGUAGCUGCCGGCUCUGCCCUGGCGUUCCCCGCCACCACGCCUUCACCCGCGCCCGUCUCCCCGCGCGCCUGGACAGCGCCUGCCAUCAGCCGCGCGAUGGCCCUGCCCCAGAUGUGUGAUGGGAGCCAUGUGGCCUCCACCCUCCGCUAUUGCAUGACGGUCAGCGGCACAGUGGUUCUGGUGGCUGGGACGCUGUGCUUCGCUUGGUGGAGCGAAGGGGAUGCAAGCACCCAGCCUGGCCAGCUGGCCCCACCGACGGACUACCCGGUGCCCAAGGGCCCCAGCACUCUGCUCAGGUCGGUCAGCUUCGUCUGCUGUGGCGCAGGUGGCCUGCUGCUACUCAUUGGCCUGCUGUGGUCUGUCAAGGCCAGCACCCGGGGGCCACCCCGAUGGGACCCCUACCACCUCUCCAGAGACCUGUACUAUCUCACUGUGGAGUCCUCAGAGAAGGAGAGCUGCAGGACCCCCAAGGUGGUUGUCAUCCCCACUUAUGAGGAAGCCGUGAGCUGCCCACUGGCUGAAGGGCCCCCAGUGCCACCUGCAUACCCUACAGAGGAAGCCCCAGAGCCACGUGCCUCGGGGGAUGCCCUGCUGGGCACCCAGCCCCCCUGGCCUCCUCCCAGCUAUGAGAGCAUCAACCUUGCUCUUGAUGCCAUUUCUGCAGAGACAACACCAAGUGCCGAACGCACCUGCUCAGGCCUGGCUCAGACUGCAGCGGGAGGAAGUUAAAGAAUCCUAGAGGGCCCUGAAUCCAGAGACAAAAGUGUUGUGCCUCUCCAGAGCCUUGUGCAGUGCCUGGGACACAGAGUGCACUCAACAAAUGUUCGUUCGAAGCCUGUUCUAUUUAUCUAUUCCUGUAUAACAAGCCACCCACAAUUUGGUGACUUAAAAUAAAUCCCAUUUUAUGAUG